CUGGUUUAGUUCUAUCUAGUUUAAUUCUGCCUGCUUUAGUUCUAUCUGAUUUAGUUCCACCUUGUUUAAUUCUACCAGCUUUAGUUCUACCUGGCUUUGUUCUACCUGCUUUAGUUCUACCUAAUUCAAUUCUACCUGCUUUAGUUCUAUCUGAUUUAGUUCUACCUAAUUCAAUUCUACCUGCUUUAGUUCUACUUGGUUUUCAUUCAGUAACAGAUUCAUUAACUCAUCCCCUGUUGAUCAGGUUCUCUCCAGAGCGUCUCCUCGUUGCAGGUCUGGGUUUGCGGAGGUGGAACAGCUCCUCCCAGUCUCCUUUAUGUAAAUGCGGGUCGAGCAAGGCUGACUCACCUGCAGCUCCACGCCUCUCUCUCCUCAGUCGGACUCACCUGGUCCUGACAUCAACCUCUAAACCAGCAGAUCCACCUGAGCCUUUGAAGAUUCUCAUGUGCAGACGUUUACACCAGACGUCACAGUCUGAGACAGAAAAGACCACGAAAGAACAAAGUCGAGAAGAAAAAGAAACACAGAAGAGAAACUGCACCUUCUGGACUUCAGUUUAACUUCAGUUUAACCACAAGCAAGAACCAAAGAAAAAACAGGACAAUCUGUGAAGGAAAAGUCAAAGAUGAAAAACAUGAAGAUGAACAUGUAGUUGGAACCAGGAGGAUUUAAGAGGAAACAUGUCGGAGGUGUUCUAGUGGAGAACCAGACCCAGGAUGUUCUUUAAACCUGCUGACCUCUGACCCAGAACUUUGAACAGGAGAGGCUUUAGUUUGGACGUUGAAGGGAAUCCAACCGAUGGUGAACUAACAAUGAGGAGUUCACGCAAUGAAGUUGGAAGGUGAGACUCAAACCCACGUCGUUAUUGGUACGAAGGCGUGAUGUGGACGUGGCGCCACCUGCUGGUCACCGGGGUUCUGCUUGUGUCUGGAGUCCGAGGUCAGAGCUGGAGACCCUGCACAGACCUGCUACCUCUUGACCUGUUGACCCGAGCCCUGCCCCGCCCAGGACAAGCCCCGCCCCCUCAGGUGCAGAUCGUUCAGUCCAAAGGCUCUAGAGGGCUCAGAUUGGCUGGCGCCACAGCAACAGCGCUAAGUUUCCCUGCUUCCCAGAUCUUCACCAACUGUGACCAUUUCCCUGCUGAGUUUUCAUUAGUUGCCACCUUCAAGAUACCGAGACUGAGACAGAAGAGGAAUGAGUACAUCUUCUCCGUGCUGGAGGAGGGUUCUGAUUUGCUGUUGCUAGGGUUACGUCUCUCUGAGAACCGCCUCCACUUCCUGUUCAUACACCCCGCCGCUGGUGGGCGGAGCCGGCUGAGCUUUAAGGAUGUCCGAUUGGAUGAUAACCGCUGGCACACAGUGAUCCUAGCCGUGACCGGACCAUUCGCCACACUGACCAUCGACUGUGGCGUCAGUCUGGAGCUUCGACAGGUGCGGCCCUUCCCAGAGUCUUUGAAUACCAGGGGGUCCAGGGUCUACAUCGGCAGCAGGAGGAGGUGGAGGGGACGCUUCUCUGGUUUACUCCGUCAGCUGGUUCUCCUUCCUGGUUCUGAUGCCACACCCAGACUGUGUCCAACCUCUGACCCAGGUGUGGCCGAGCUGGUGGUCCCCCCAGUCUUGAAGUCCACCCCACUGCAGCCAGACCAGCCUGGACCCCUUUACCCAUACGAGGCGGAGGUCCGGGUGACCCUGGGGAACCGUCCUCCAUGUUCUGGGUCAGAACAGGGUCAGCUGUGGUUCGACGUCCAGAGAAAAGUCCUGUUCAUCUGUGACGGAUUCACCUGGAUGACUCUACUGCACAAUCAGGAGCGUCUGGACUACGUGGAGGAUUAUCAGGACCUUUACACCAACUCUGAGACCUUUGACAUAGAGGUGUUUUCCAUCAAGUCUGAGGGUCUGUUCAUGGCAGCAGCCAACAGGGACGCUCAUCCCGGUUCUGGCAUCUACAAGUGGACAGAUGGUUCGUUCCACUUGUUCCAGAACAUCAGCACCCGAGAAGCUCGAGCCUGGAAACACUUCAGUAUCGAUGACAAGGACUUCCUGGUGGUGGCCAAUUCCAGGGAGGUGGAGCCUGAGCUGUCAGUCAUCUACCGGUGGAGUCGUCAGCGGCGACGGUUUGUCCGUCAUCAGACUCUGGAGACCCACUCGGCUCUGGACUGGGAGGCCUUCAGGAUCCACAACCACAGCUUCCUGGUGGUAGCCAAUCACAGACAAGACUCCAACCACAACAUCCACAGUGUGAUCUACAGGUGGAACCCAAACACUAAGCUGUUCGAGGUGAACCAGACUCUGUCCACAUCCGGAGCCUAUGACUGGGAGUUCUUCAGCAUCGGACCAUACCACUUCCUGGUGGUUGCCAACACCUUCGAUGGUCGCACCACCAUUAUCAACUCCAGAAUCUACAUAUGGAUGAAUGGAUGCUUCCAGACCUUCCAAGACAUCCCGACGGUGGGUGCCACUGACUGGGAGUGGUUCCAGAUUGAUGGUCGGUUCUUUCUGGCCGUUGCCAACAGUCAGAUGGUUCCAGAUCGAGGUCCGAGUGUUUACAGCAUCAACUCCACCGUGUACGAACUCAACACCCUGACGCAGACCUUCAUCCGCUUCCAGGACAUCCUGACCCACAGUGCUGUGGAUUGGGAGUUCUUCACCGUUGGAGGUGACAAGUUCUUAGUUGUUGGAAACUCUCAUGAUGGCGUCUCGUAUUCUCUGAACAGCGUCAUCUACAGGUGGCAGGGCUAUGAGGGGUUUGUUCCUGUUCAUUCAUUGCCAACCUUUGGAUGCAAAGACUUUGAACACUUCAACACCGAUGGACGUUCGUUCCUGGUUUAUUCCAGCGCCACAUCCAGACUCAGCAAAGUCUUCAAACUGAAGACCUACUGACCCAGGACCAGGACUGGGACCAGGACCAACUGACCAGGACAGGGACCAGGGCCAGAACCUACUGAACUGGGUCCAGGACCAGCUGACCAGGACGUGGACUAGAACCAGGACUUGUUGGCCAGGACUAGGACUGGGACCAGGACCGGGACCAGGACCUGCUGAACAGGACUGGGACUAGGACCCACUGAGCAGGACUGGGCCCAGGGCCAGGACCUACUGAACAGAGACCAAGACUUGGACUGGCACCUACCGACCCAGGACCAGGACCUACUGAGCCACCAACCAGUACCUCUUCAUCAAAACCUGGACCUGGUCUGGGUCAGUUCCCUUUUAGAUGAUUAUAUAUAUGAAGCGUUUUGAUCCGGUUCUGACCAGUUGUCUGGGUGAGUGGCGCCCUCUGCUGGAACAAAACCAUUACCAUAUUUAUGUUUUUUCACGUCACUGGACUCAAUAAAUGAAUAAUUUAUUCAAUAAAACAGAUUCAGGUUCAGGUUGUGGUGGAGACUCAUCCAAAGUUUAAAGAACCAUGGAAGUGUUUGUUUGUUUUGUGUUUAAUAUCUGGUUUAAUGUGGUUCUUGUUGAAACCAGAUUAACCUGGUUUAAUGUGGUUCUAGUUUAAACCAGAUUAACCUGGUUCCUUUUCUGUCAGACAAAACCACAAACCCAUGACUGUAUGUGUGAAUGUUUCAUCAGUUUAGAAUAAAAUCAGACACAUGAUGAUGCAAAAUAAAAAUAAAGGACGAUUCACUGACAGUAACUAAAGGAAAACCACUGAAACUAUCCUUUAAAUACAGAAACAUAUUAAAUAAAGACAUUGAACACAACAACUAAAACACUUUAACCUGAUAUUUACAGUUUAUUAGAACAGAAUCAUAUGUUAAACAAAGUACUGAAUAAGCUAUAAUUAAACUAAUCUGAUUUUAUUAAAAAGAAGAAACAUUUGUUCAGUAAAAGAAUUGAAAACUUAAACCAUUAUAACUAUUAUUAUUAGUGUUUAUGUGGUGAAGCUUUGUGUUUGGCUGAAAC